AUGGACAGAAUGAAUGUCACUUGUUGCAGACCGCGCAGGGUGCGGGACUCUGGCGCAGACGGACAAUGGCGGGCAGACCCCGCUCAGCAUGGCAGCCGAGGGCGGCCACUGCGGGGUGCUGUCGGCGCUCGUCGACCGUGGCGCACCACUCGACUGCAUGCAGACCGAGUGGUCCAGCGGUCGCACGCCGUUGCACCUGGCAGCGGCUCACGGCCACUGCGAAGCGGCCCGGCUGCUCGUGGCCGCCGGCUGCGACAAGGAAGCUGUGGACUACAGUGAGGCCAGGACACCGCUCAUGCUGGCCGCCGAGGGCGGGCACCUGGACGUCGUGAAGAUGCUGCUUGGGGAGGGCUGUGACGCGGACCGGGGCACUCUGUACCGGACCGGACCCGCACCGGACCAAGACAGAACGUUCACGGACUACAACAGCGGCGAAGAGGUGGGAAUAACCACGGUGCACCGCGACGACGGUGCCACGGCGCUGCACCUGGCGGCGCAGCGGGGCUGGAUGUCCGUCGUGCUGCUGCUGAUUGCAGAGCGGCCCAACCUGCUGCAUCGCAGGACCCGGACCGGCUACACUGUCCUGCAUUAUGCUGCCGUCGGUGGCGCAUACGACGUAGUCAAGAUGCUCCUUGAGAAGCACCGUGACGCUCUGGACGCCCAAGCCGCGGCUGAGGACGGGCGGACGGCGCUGCAUGAUGCGGCCUGGAGUGCGCCGUACGAUGUGGUGAAGGCGCGCUCCCAGACCAACAAGAAGGACUGCCUGCGGCUGCUGGUGGACCAGGGCUGGUCUCUGGGCGCCGCCACCAGGGAGGGCAUGACCGCACUGCACAUGAUCUGCUACAGCAACGACUUUUGCGAGGACAAGAUAGAGAUAGUGAAAAUGCUCCUGGAGUUGGGCAGCGACCCCAAUGCCCGCACUGUGGAUGGCCGGUCUGCCCUGUGCUUCUCAACGUGGCCCUUAGAGACUCAGCAGUUGCUGCUGAACCGCGGCUGCACCGUGACCCCCCGUGACCUAAGAGCUGCUGCGGAUAUGGGGUCCGAGGACCUCUUUAAGCUACUCCAUGCCCAGCUGGACGCGUCGCUGUGGGACCCCAGCGCCGUGGACGAGGAGGGCUGCACGCUGCUCCACGUGGCGGCCCGCGGCUGCUGCAGCGAACUGCUGGAGGCGCUGCUGGACCUCGGCUGCGACCCGAUGGCGAGGACAAAGGAUGGCAAGACGGCCCUGCACCUCAACGACCGCUUCGCGUUGCCCGGUACAGUGGGGCUGCUGGUGGACCGCGGCUGCGACAUCAACGCCAAGGACUGCGAUGGAUGGCCGGCGAUGUUCUACGUGAUGACAGAGAAUGAUGGCAGCCCCGGCUUCAUUAACAUGCUGGAGUUCUGUCUGAGGAAGGGCUGGGAUGCCAGCGCUAGGGCCAAUGACGGCACCACAGCCCUCCACAUCCUCAUGACGAUGAGGCUGUUCGAGAGCCACGUGGAGGUCGCGCAGCUGCUACUCGACAGUGGCUGCGAGGCGACCGCGGUGCGCUCUGACGGCCGCACCGCUCUGCAUCUUAUUCCGCACUACCCCAAGGACCUGUUGGAGCUGCUGCAGGCGGCGGGCUGCGACCCAACAGCCACUGCCAAUGACGGCAAGAGCCUGCUGCACGAGCUUGCCUCGGAGAAGAGUAUGGUCGCUACGCUACUGGCCAAGGGCUGCGACGCCACCGCCAGAGACGUUGAUGGCAUGACGCCCCUCCACUACACCGCCCAGCACUCGUACGCGGACGAGAGCGUCCGGCUGCUCAUCCAGGCAGGCGGCGAGGUGGCGGCCAGGGCCAAGGACGGCUGCACGCCGCUCCACUUGGCGGCCAAGGCCCGCGGCUCCUCCGAAGACAAGGUCGUGAGGGU